UUACCACCAUUACAGAAUCUAAUCAGAAAAAAAAAUAUUUGCCCAAUUACAGCUAAAGUUCUGUUCCUUGUUACAGGUGUCUCACUUUCUUUUUUUUUGAAAAAAAAAUGUUUUCUGUACUAUAGUUUAUUUAGAAAGCCUAUUGCAAUAAUACCAUUUCACAUUCCCAAAUGUAUUCUUGAAUUUUUCUAUAUCCUCUCGGCAAGUUUACAUUUUGCACUCUUUUAUAUAAUAUAUAGUCUACGAUUACAUAUGGAAGAGUUCCGGCCGAGUUUCCGGUGCUCCGAUGACCGGAGAUUGGAGAUCGUAAGCGGAAAGGGGUUCAACAUCAAUCAGGUAAAUCGGGCUCGGUCACCGGAUCUGGCUGGGGUAACGAGCAAGGGGACGUGGCCGAGUCAGGUGGCAGCAGCGCCGUCGUCGAAUAAGCCAUGGGGAUUCAAUGAUCCAGAGAUGAAGAGACGAAAGAGAAUAGCUAAGUACAAAGUUUACACUAUUGAAGGAAAGGUCAAAACUACAAUUAGAAAUGGACUAAGGUGGUUCAAAAAUAAAUGCUCUGAAAUCAUCCAUGGAUAUUGAUUAAUUAUCCUUUCCGACUCUACUAACACGAGAUGUUUU